ACUCCAUGGCCCUUAUAUACGGAGCGUCGCGAUCCUCUCAACCCAUCUUGUGCGCAGGCUGAGCCUCCAGUUCCAGCUUUCUCUGUCCUUCCCCCCUGGCAGGGUCUUCUUCCUCUUCGUGACUGGUUCGCCUAUACUUCUGCGUUCUUCUUCUCCAGGAUGCAUCAAUCCGCUUCCGCCUCGUCCGUCGCCACCUCAACCAUGGUAAGCGUCGCUUCUACAGCUGCAGCUGCAGCCGCGUCGACCGCUGGCCAAGCAUCUGGUGGCGCAGCCGCCGCCAAAGCAGCCCCCCCGAAGCUCAACUCGACCGCGUUCUUCUUCGAGUUCGACUUCAUCCUCCUCCUGGUCGUCGGGCUCUUCGUCCUCAUGGCGCUCCCGCGCAUAGUGGCGCGCUUCAUGCGCUCGUCCGAGUGGUUCGCCGGCUGCUUCUUCCGCUCCGUCUCGAUCCCGCGCAGCUCCAUGUCGUUCAUGACCUACGGCGCGUCGGUCAGCUCAUUCUCGGAGAAGAUGUCUAGCAGGGUGGGCGCGGAGUCGGUGUACUCGCGCUCGGACGAGGAGUUGCCCAACAUGGCUGUCGGCUCGGGCGCCCCGAAGAGCCCCCCGUCGUACAUCCCGUCCUGGGGGUCCGUCUUCCCGACGGGCGCGGGGAUUCUCUCGACGAAGAUCAGGCCCGGGUACUCUCUCGGGCAGGUCACCCUCAUGACGGGUUACCUCGCUGCGAUCAUGUACAGCACGUUUUUCGACGUGAACUUGUUCACGAGCCCUACCCGUCUUGGGUUCGUUGCGGUCAGCCAGAUGCCGGUGAUCUACGUCUUGGGUACGAAGAACAACGUCUUGGGCACGCUGAUCGGCCAAGGAUACGAGAAGCUGAACUUCUUGCACCGCUUCGUCGGGCGUCUUGUUGUCCUUUCUGUGAAUCUUCACGCCCUUGCAUACUUCGCCAAAUGGUCUCAGGAACCGGGAGGCAUCGCGCCGAACAUGGAGCCAAAGAUCAUCUGGGGUUGCGUGGCGCUCGGAUGCAUGGACGUGCUCUGGCUGUUCUCUAUCAGCGCUGUGCGCCAGACGUACUACAACCUCUUCUACGUCUCCCACGUCGUUGCCGCCAUUGCCGUGCUCGUCGCUACUUUCUACCACAUGCCUUGGGACAUGCCCUACGUAUAUAUCUCGACCGCGGUCUAUGGGUUCGACCGACUCUUGCGCAUCGUUCAGACGCGCAUCGUCACCGCGCAUUUGCACGCGAUCCCUGAGCUCGGUGCUACCUGCAUCCAGAUCCCCUCUGUGAACGCCGGGUGGCGCGCUGGGCAGCAUGUACGUAUGCGCGUCUUCUCGACUGGUAUGGGCGUCCUCGGUUGGACCGAGAGCCACCCGUUCACUAUCGCUAGCGUUAGCAAGCACGCGAGCGAGGAAGGUCUCGUCUUGAUGAUCAAGAAGGCUGGCGACUGGACUACCAGCCUCUACGACAUUGCCCAAGGUUCCGAUGUCAGCGAAGGUGGCAGUGGCAGCCGCAAAGUUAAAGUCAUGCUCACUGGUCCUUUCGGUGGACCGGGCCAUGCUAUUGUUCCCAGCUUCUCUGGAGCCAUGCUCGUCGCUGGUGGCAGCGGUGUCACGUACGCUCUCGCUACCACCCAAGAGAUCAUGCAGAAGAGCGCAGAGGGCGCCAGUCGCACCCGGGUCGUCGAACUCGUCUGGAGCAUCACCGAUCCCGCGGGACUGAAGCCCCUCCUCCCGCUGUUCGGCCAGCUCCUCUCCGACGCGCGGUCGACCUACACCACGCUCCGCAUCUCCGUGUACUACACGCGUGCCCUCACCUCGCCCGACGCGCUCAAGAUGUUUGAGCGGCUCCCCCUCGGGCUGACCCUCUCCCCCGGCCGCCCCCGCCUGCAGAAGCUGCUCGAGGGCGUCGCCGACCGCACCGCCGGGUCCGGAGGCGUGGACGGCGUAACGGGGGUGGUCGUCGGAGUCUGCGGCCCGCCCGCGUUGGGCGAGACGGUCGGGCGCACAGUCCGCAGCCUCGACCGUAAGAGGCGCAAGGCUGUCGGAGGUGUCGAGUUGCAUUCAGAGAUUUUCGGCUGGUGAACGCCAGGCCUUGUAUGGGUUAUCGGUUUCUAUGUUUGAUGAAGAAGUGCUGGUUGCUUGAGGCAGCCUUGACCAACUACACUCGCACACUAGUCCUCAUCUCCAAGUGAUGGGGCCUCACCAUGUCUGCAAGCCAGGCAACUUACGCUCACUCGCACAACGGUCAUUACUUCUUCUGUAUCCAC